AUGAUUUCAUUCAGCUUUCAUUCAGGUAUUCUUGGCAUAUUGUCAUGGACAGGAACCGAACUCGAUCCGAUUGUCAUGGCUGCUCUAAUCAUAUCCAUUGGAUUUUCUGUGGAUAUACCGGCUCACGUAUCCUUCCAUUACUAUGCCUCUGCAGCGCAUCUUGCUCCACCGGUCACAUCUCGCCGUCGGUUGCACUACUGCUUAUCGUCAGUAGGAUUUCCAGCCCUCCAAGCCUCACUCAGUACGAGUCUUUGUUGUUUCUCGCAUAUGUUGGUAUCAUCGACAUGUCUCAGGUGA